UAAUAACAGAUGUUCAUUGUUUAGCCUGCAGCCCAUGGAACUGAUAGGUUGUGCUUCACUCCAUUACGUCCCUUCUUAUGAGGUGUAAAAGCAGUGCAGACAUUUGUCGAAGAAUGUAUCAUGCUCGUAUUAUCUAAAGGAAUAAUUGCAGUUAUUGUGACUCACAAUAUAAAUAAUAACGUGACAUGUCAGUCAGCUGAUAUAUUUUACGGUCAAAGUUCCUUACAAAUGUCACAAGCAGAGUACUUGGUCCAAAAGAGCAAGCCACAAGAAUAAUCCAGUGUAACAGCAAAUAGUUCCAUAUUUAGAGAAUGGUCAGUGCACAGUACGGCAAGCAAAGACAAAAAACCAGAGUAGCCCACAGCAACCACAGAAAUAGACAGAUGUAGCGAAACCCCAGCUUGAGUUGCUGGUCAGGAAGGUCUUGUGGUGCUUCCUGCUGUGACACCAUGAGCAUCUGGUUAUCAGUAGGUGGUCCGGAAAAGAAGAGUGAUUCACAGCUGGGGUGGCAUGGUGGCUUGCAGAUAAGGAGGAUAUAAAGUCAUCAUAGUGGGAGUGGGACAAGAUGGGAGAAUGGGAAGUAGAGGAAUGUCAUGUGGUGUCGCUGCAUGGAGCUUCCUGGAGUGUGAUCGGAAACUUAGGUGGUUAGUUACCAUGUUGCAGGCAAAGCUGGGCUCAAUGGUGAGUCACCGUCUUGCCAUCCUUAUCCAAGAUGAACAAACAGCCUUUGCUGCUGGACAAUAACCAGGAUCCAUUUGAUCAGGUGCCAAAAACCCCACAACCAUAGGAAAGUGCCCAGUGAGAAACACAGAGAGGAUGGAUUGGGCGACGUGACUGGAAUGCCCUGAUGGUAGCAGAAUGAAUCCAAAAUUGCAGCCCAUUAUCUGACACAAUCAUGUGGGAAAGGUUUUGUAUGGUGAAAAGUCUGACGAGUGCUUUAACAGUGGCCUCCGUACUGGUGGAAUGGAGUUAACAAUGUAGGUAAAUUUGGAAUAAGUGUUGAUGACUGUCAACCAGGUGGCGUCAAGAAAUAGGUGGACAGAAUUGAAAUGAAUUAUCUUCCAAGGCUGUGGGGACAUCAGUCAGGGUGACAAUGACUAGUGAAGCGCUGCUUGCUGUGGUUCACAUUUUUGACAAUUGAAGAUGAGGUGCUCAGUCUGCCUAUCAGUGCCAGGCCAGUAGACAUAGCAUAUGGCUAGGAUCUUGGUGGGGGAUAAACCUUAAUGUCCAUGGUGCUGGAGACACAGUAUAUUAGGCCAAAAGAGUUCCAGAAGGCCUACCCAUGGAGAGUUUUGGUCUGUUGGUAACAAAAUUAGACAGUCCACAAGCACAAGCCUAUGAAAGAGGUGAAAAUAGCACUUUGGGGAGUUUGAGUUCCAAUUGGGAUCUGAUUCGAUUAUCCCCAUUGGAUGUAGCAAAGCAGUUGCAGUAAUGUUGUAUCCUUGCUAAUGGUGCUUGUGAUGUGGGAUCCAGUGAUGUGAAAGUGCUCCAUUGGUUGCUGGGCCUCAUCAUCUAAAUGGAAACAAAGGACCUUGUGUUUAUCAAACUCUGAGUCAGGGCACAUUGGGAGGCAUGACAGGACACCAGCUCUUGCCUGCUAACUAGACAGAAAUGUUUCACUUACUUAUAUCUGCUUAUGAAAAGAGCCCAUAACUGGUACUAGUUGGCUAUUUGACUGGGCAGCUUAGUGGGCAGGCUGAAGAAUGAUAUUAGAGUCUUAUGAACAGUGAUAAAGUGAAACUUUGCUCCAUAGAGAAAAAUGUGUAAUAUUUUAAUGCAAAAAUGUUGCAGAAUCUUUACAGCAAUACACCAUUCUAAUCCCAGCCUUCACUGGAUGUAAUUAACCCAUGAGCCUAGUUUUUCCUCAGCCAUCACGUUCAAUCCAGGUACUGCUGAUCCCUCAAAAACAACUUAGGAGUACACCACUUGUCACUCAGUAUUAUCCUGGUCUUGAAAUUUUUAAUCAGCUUCUUUGACUUGGCCAUGACUUCCUAAAAUCAUGCCCUGAAAUGAGGCCCAUUCUGUCAGUUUUUGUCCACCACAACUAGAAUAGCUUUUUGCUGUCAUCCCAAUAUGUUAAAUAUCCUUGUCAAACCCUACACUCUUUCUGCUCUCUACCCUGUGGCUCCUACAUCUGUGACUGUCUCCACUGUGAGACUUGCCCUGUGCACCCUCUUACACCACCUAUACUAGCCCUAUGACUGUCAUAUCUUGUAACAGCUGUUGCGGAAACCCCAUUUGGCUGUUUAGAUUGGCAUAACUACCUACAAAUUAUCAAAAGGACAGUUGGACAUAGGCAGAGGGUGUAUACUGGCAAUACACAAUAUUAUGUUGCAGAACAUGCACAAUAACAUGACAGUUGUGACCUCAGUGCCUGUUUCACCACACAUGCCAUCUGAAUUCUUCUCCUAAACACCAGUUUCUCAGAACUCUGCAGGUGAGAACUGGCACUAUAUCACAUUCAUCCACCUGUUCUUAAUUAUGUUAAUUUCUGUGGUAUCAGCAUUUUUCAUAGCAAUUAUUCCUUUCUUCACUCUAUUUUAGUUUUCUGCACAUCUUUCAUUUUCUGACCUGUUUAUUUAUUGCCGUCCCCCUCCCACCUCUACCACAUACAAUCCACAUAGCUUUUCACAACUAUUAACUCAUGCACAUUGUUUUAGCGUAAUCUCUGUCUCACAUUUUACCCUGUCUUUCUUCUUUAAGCUUUCAGGUAUUCAAAUCUCAUACAUGCAGUCCUCAACAAUCAGUCUUUCCUUCUCACGCUGCCUGGUAAGUCUCCCCUGGCCCGGAGUGCUGGGUGACUUUUCCAAACUCUGCCCCUUUUCCUCAACCUCACCAGUCCAUUUCCUUCACUCCUCUUCCUUCCUCUUCAAUAUUUCUGCCAAAAGAAGGAGCCACUGGCUCCAAAAGCUUGGAUACAUAAUACUUUUUAUAGUUGUGUUCUCCUUCUGCCACUUAGUAAGUAGAUUCAUUGUCUAUCCAAUACUUUGGACUAUUUGUCUGGUGCUACAGUUGCAUUUUGAAAGUUCAUGGUGAUUUUGUCCAUGUGUUCCUACCAAGGGGAGUGACGGAACAAGGUGGCUCAGCUUAGAGAAGGUAAAACAGCUUUCUUCACUAUUGCAUAUUUCGCUUUGUGCCCACCUGUCUGCACAGUCACUCCAGGAAUGGUUGCGAAAACAGUCCGGGCAUGACAAGAGUUGAUGCCUGUAGAGUGGCCAAGACUUAAUCCCUUGUUCGCAGGCUGAGCCAACAGCAUGAUGAUGAUUACAUUUGACCUGCUGCUCCUCCAUAUGGGCUAAACUGUAUGCACUACCUGGGACAGAAGCAAUGGUCGUCAUGUCUGCUCAAGAUUACAAAUGGUGCCAGCUGUAUGGGAGACUUCAAAAGAUUGAGCCAGUUUCAAAACCUCCUGCAAGUCCACACUUGGCAUUACCGGCAGUUUGUUGUUUCAAGAGCAAACGUUUCUCCAACUAAGGAAUUUGAAUUCACGUCUGCAAAAAUUACGACAAACUUUUCAAAUUAUUCAUCGUGGCAUUAUCGAAGUCGUUUGUUACCAUUGCUUUAUCCAGAUCCUACUGGUAGGCGUCCUAUUCAAGAGAACAAGCACAAGGAAGAACUAGAACUGGUACAGAACGCAGCCUUUACUGACCCAAAUGAUCAGAGUGCUUGGUUCUAUCAGCGCUGGCUGUUGGGUCGUGGAAAACAACCGUUUAUUGUGCAGAAUGCUUUUGUCUCACGUGAUGUCAUAUUUAUUACAAUGAGUCAGGAAGUGAGUUUAGCAGAUGUUGAAUUGAAGCUCAUUAUAAAUGGCACUACAGCACAAGGUGCAUGGCACAGCAGCGACGGAAAUGUUUACUCACAUUUAUGGAUAUUUUCACCAUCAUCAGAGAUAUAUCAUGGUGACAUCAUUUUAUCCGAAGUUACUGUACAAGUGAUGGAAAAAAAUACAACACAUUCUAUACAUGUGCCCCUUGUUAUUGAUGGGGAUUUGGCUUGGACAAGCACAGAAAGUCAGUUUGGACUUCAGUUUAGUGAAGGGUUGACAUCAGUUUUGGAAGAAGAACUAGAUUCUUGUGCCCAGCUGUUAGAGCUGGAACCAGACAGUAAAUGGACACUGUUGACAUCAAUAUUGUUGAUGCAGGCCAUUGACCGGCAUAAAUACAGAGAGGCUACAAUGGAAAAGUUACAGCUGCUGAGCAGAGUUGACCAAUUACGUAGCGGAUAUUAUAAUGAUCUAAGAAGCAGAUACCUGAUGGAGUACGCAGUUGAUGCUAACCAGACUGCAGUAAAAUCUGUACUGCCUAAAGAAAUUAAUUUGUCAAACAGCUCUCUUACUGCUCUUUACCAUGUACAUCAUUUAAGCUUAUUCAGAAAUGUGGAUUUAAGUUGCAAUAUGCUUAAGUUAUCUUUGGCUAAGCUGCAUUUACUGCAAAACUGCCAGGUACUUAAACUUGACAACAAUUGUAUUAAUACAUUAGCUGCCUUUCCUGAGCUACGGCAGCUGAAGGAACUCUCUCUGCAAAACAAUGAAAUAACUGGUUCAGAGGAAUUAAAAUAUCUUAAGAAGUGCAGGAAGCUUAAUAGUGUUGAUUUAUCAGGAAAUCCUAUAAUGGAAAAUGGUGAUAACAAUUUGCCAAAAAUAGCAAAAGAAGCAGUGCCAUCACUGCAGAAAUUAAAUGGCUUUCUUAUAUGAUUUGAUAAUUUACUAUAAAAAACCAAACUUAUUUUUUAUUAUUUACAUUGUCAUUAUAAAAAGUAUAUAAAAAUAAAUAAAAUUGUUAUGUACAGUCA